AUGAUUAGCGAGACCACUUCACCAGGUCGCUCCGCCCAUGCUACUAAUACAAACCCAUGCAAGACUAUCGGAGCUGUGGAAAGUCCGGCAGGCUCUCAGGUUGGAAGGGAGAACCCUUUGUCCGAGAACACUAGUGACGAGGCCGGUGAGGAGAGUAGUAACGACCUUUCGUCUAUCUCCCUUACUUCAACAGAACGAUACUUUGGGCACAUACCCUUCGAAGUGUUCAAAGAGAAAGUCUACGACGUAUGUCUCUUAUACUUUUCCGAUCGGAAGCACGGCGGUCUUCGGAUCAAACACAUCAAAGGUGGAACCUCGAACCGUAUCGCUGGCAUCACCGUUCUUCCUUCAGAGUCUCUCAAUCACGCUGGUACAGAUGUGGUAAGGACGGCGCAAUACUACAUUGUGCGGGUUGGUCGUUAUCCUCCCACCCACGAUGAGGUGCACUACGAUCUUGCUGCCCUCUGGUUUGCCGCAGAAUACAUCAACCUUCCCAUUCCCAUAUUACAAACUGCAUCGUUGUCCCUAGACAAUCCUUUUGGCCGUCCGUACUCCAUUCAAACGCAAUUACCAGGCUUGAACGCGCACGAGGCAUUCGAUUACUUCAACAUUUACCAACGAAAAGCCUUUUUACGACAACUUAUGGACGUUCACACCAAGAUACGAGCCUAUACCAGUAAGAGUGCCGGAUUGAUCAAUACUGACACUGUCAUCGGUGCCGAAGAUCUUACACGAUUUGAAAUCCCGCCAAUUGAACAGAAUUCCUCAACGAUGUCAAGACUCCCCGCAACCUGGCCUCAAACCACUUUUGAAUACAUUAUCGAGACAUGCUCGCGCUGGAGCAGAUUCCUACAAGAAGACGUCCUCGGAACCCAGACAGUGUGGGUACGGUUCACGAAAAUCGCCAUCCAUCUGUACAAACUAGGCUUCAUACCCGACACUGACGAGUUCCACUUAUGCCACCUCGAUCUCAAGCCACGCAACCUACUCGUUUACGUCCCAGAUGCAUACACGGUUCAAAUCACAGGGGUUCUCGACUGGGAUUCCGAGUACGUUUUCUUCUGCCCAAAGUUCAUGGCUUACCAAGCACCAUCCUGGAAUUGGAUCUCCACAGCCAGGCUGGCGGAGAAAGAAGUCAUGGCCAUUGUCAAACCAGACCACCCGGAUCAUGUGGCCUUGAAGAAAAUGUUCGAAGGCACUGCUGGACCAGAGUGGCUGCGAUAUGCGUAUGGCCGCGAGUACAUGAUUGCACGGCGCAUGUUUCGCAUUCUUCUGAGCGGAGUCUCGACGGAUAAACAGUUCAAAAAGGCAUACAAUAUUAUUAGAGAGUGGAAUAGCCUGCAUCCUGAACUUGAGGUUGAGAACAUAUCUCUCAAGUCCCCCGGGGACACAGAUUUCAGUAUGGAGUGAGGUGGUUGGCAAUCAAUACGGGGAUGUUGAGGAUGGGAAGUGAUGCAUGG